AUCAUACAAAUACUCUAAUCGUACAUUAUGUACGCUACAACAACAACUGUACGAUCAUCUCAUUAAAAGCGCGUGUUUAAACAAUUAAAUUAAUCAAAUUAAAAUUAAUAAAAGAAACCGCCAAGGUUAGAAUCGUCCAUAGCGAGAACAAAACCCCUGAUUAUCAGCACACAAAAACUCAAAAUCAUACCGUAAAACCCAAAAUCAAAAGCAUUCUCCUUCUCCAAAACAUUACCUGCAACUCAUUGCGAUUUCAACUACGAUUCACUGCUACUCUCCAUUGCGAUUUCAACUACGAUUCCAUGAAUAUUGAGAAAAGAAGCAAAGCAAACAACGACAGACCACAAGCGAAGAAGAUGAAUCCAGAAAUAGAAUCUGAUGAAGACUUUGAAGGACCAAUAUCAACUCUGAUAAAAAUUAAAAAGAAUAGAAAGAGAUUGGUGAUUCAAGAAAGUUCAGAAGAUGAUGAUUUUGUUAUGCCACCCCCAAAAAAGAAAAAACAUGAGAAGAAAGAAGAUAAAAGGAAAUCAAAGAUACUCACAAAAAAACAUUCAAAAAAGGGGCAACAGCCUAAAACAGAACAUAGAGAGUUUUUCAAAUACAGCAAUGAAGCAAUACUGCUGAGAUGCCAACCUAACUCAUAUAUGGAUAUUGUUAGAAGAUUUUCAAAAAAACAGAUAGAUGAUGUUAGGGAUAUGGGGUUUGGAGUUAUUCUUGAUAUCAACAUCAACCAUAUUUCGACAAGAUUGGCGUAUUGGCUAGUGAGAAACUUUGAUGAGAAGUUCGAUAAGCUAAACGUAGGAAACCACCAAAUAAAAAUAACAUCGAACACAGUUUAUGAGGUAUUUGGAUUACCAAAAGGUCCAAAGAAGGUUGAAAUAAUAGCCGAUAAGAGAAAAGUCAAAAAGCAAGACAAAAUUGAAAAAAGUCAAGAACCGGGAAAUGCGGUCCGGGAUACAUUCAUCCGCCAGUGGGGACAAAACGCGAGACUUACCCAUGGCUUAAUAGCAAAUACAAUGGAAAAUCAAAGAGACGGAGGGAGUCUGUUUAAAUUAAAUUUCCUUGUAUACUGGAUGACUUUCUUUGCAGAAAUUACAAAGGCAACACUUGCAAAUGAUAGAUGUUUGCUCAGUGUAGAAGAUGUUGAGGAAAUAAAAAAUCUAGAUUGGUGCUCAUAUCUACUCGAAACCUUGCGCCGGACACGAGCGGGCUGGAAGAACUAUAAGAUACAGUUCGUAGGACAUGUUGCCUUUCUUACGCUUCUUUACACGCAUGAAUACAACAAAAAGCUUAACCUGUUUGAGAAAGCCGUGGAGAUGCCUGUUAUUCGUUAUAUAACAUCUUCAGAGAUUGAUAAGUCGAAGAACAUAUUUCGGAUAACGGACCUCUAUGGAUAUCAAGUGAGAGUGAAGAAGAAGAAGAAAGUGAAGAAGAAAAUGAAGAAGAAAAUGAAGAAAAGAAUGAAGAAGAAGAGGGUCCUCCGGAGGAUGAUUAUACACUACGACCACCGGUUGACACGACGAUAAGCUACAAAAGAAGGAUUGCGCGCGCAGUACAAAACGAAGAAACCGGGGUAGAGCCAAAAGAUAACGAGAACAUUGAUGAUUUCAUGGAUUUAGUUUUGAAAUCAAUGAAAUGUCUCAGAUGAACAUUGACUUUGAAGUUGGAACGCAGACGCAGAAAAUGAUGGAUUAUUGCAACACUCCUGCUCAACUUUCACCGUCGGUGUUCUAUGACACAGCCCACGAACAACAACUAGAGGCUUCGAGAGCAAACAAAAAGAAUCUGUUGAAAAAGAUGAAAGCAAAUGUCAAAAAAUACCUUAAAAUGGUUCGAGAUGUUCAAGAGAUGAACAACUUAGUGUCAGAGGCAAAAACAAAGUGUUUUUAGGAUGUUGAGGUUAUGAAUGCUUGUAAGGAGUGGGAUCAAACGCUUCAAAAUAAUCCCAUCUGUCUGCCACCUGAACCGGUACAAGAGCAUGAACCUGCAGCCUCUCCUGUUCAUCAAGAACCUGAAAACCCAGCUUCUGAGGUUCAUCAUGAAGUUGCUACAAACAAAGAAGGUAGAGAGGAUGAAGAAGCACAAAAAGUAAUAUCCAGUGUUUUGGUACAAUUGGCAUCAGAAGGUACAGUGCAACCAGAUGAUGGAGGAGUCACAGACACCCUUAUUGCAAAAAUUCAAACAGUGGAACCGGGUGUAUAUGCUUACCAAACAACUGCCAAUGAAACUGGUGAAAAUGAAACUGUUGUCGAAGAGACAGUGAACUUGGCAGAAUCUACACAAAAAGUACAGGAAGAAAUGCCGGAAAAAGACCCCCAACAACUCGAUACGGACGUUGAAGUUGAAAAGGAAAUGGAACCUGAAUGCCCUCAGGUAACUGCUGAAGAAUUGCAUUCAGUUGAGUUGGUUUUGAGCAUAGGACCAACAUUGGAAGAAGAUAAAGGAAAAAAACAAACUAGAGGGAGAAAAACCACAAAGCCAAAGCAAGUUCCAAAACAAGUUAUACCAAAAGGGUUAAACGAACUGCUUUAUAAGACAAUAGAACAAGCAAAAAUAAGAGGUGAAAAAAGAUGUGCAGAUCUUGGAGACAAAUUUUGUUCACCUUACUGCAAUAGAGUGGUGAACAUGCAUGAAGCACUCUUGACCCAAGAAUUAAGUGUGAUCCGCUUCACAUUUGCUACCUUUGCAGGCUUGCAAGAAGAGUUUUACCGAUCCAAAACUGAGGUUGCAACAUUCAAAGCUGUGUUUGAAAGCUUCUUCAGGGAACAAUACGUAGCAUCGAACGGAAUAGAUGCAUUUGUAGAUAUUCUAAACCUUGAAGAAAAGAAAAGGGAUAGAAAAUCAUCACCACACAGAUUCUUCUUGUAUUCCACAAUGAUGCCGAGUAUCUGUUACGACGAGGAGAAAUACAUAGACAACCAAUGACUCAAAAUAUUUGCCUCGAAUUUUGAAGACAUGUUAAAUAGAUAUGAGGUAAAAAAACUUGAAUCGGUUGACCUGGUCUUUAUUCCGGUACUUCAAGGUGACCACUUCUAUGUCUUGUGCUUCAACUUAAAAACCGGCAAAAUUGACCUGAUUGACAAUUUAGCUGCAAAACAAGAGUUUAAGGAAAGAUACACGGGGCUUCCAGACACACUGAGAAGGGUAUUGGUUUUAUACCUAAAAGAUGCUUUAAAACCAACACCGGCUAUAGAACAACUUGCAACCUCAGUGAUAGAAAGAAAGGAAAUGGUUUGGAGGACGAAGAAUAACGGCGUAGACUGUGGAGUGUUUACGAUGCGUCACAUGGAAACGUACAAGGGAGACCAAAAACCAUGGGUGACAGGAUUUGUGAAUGAAGAUGAAGUAAACAACAGACAGAAAGCACAACUUCAUCUCCUAAGGACAAGAUAUCUCAGCAAAAUCAUUCUAUCAGAACACAACAUGCAUCGUCUAAAAAUAAUUAAAAUGGCCAAUGCUUUCGACAAAAGGCCAGACAAAGAGAGGUAUAUGAAAGAUCUGGAUAAGAUAAUCCCAGAAAGGAUGAAAACAUAUUUUGACAGGGACAACUAAAGUUCAUUUGAUGAUAUACUUAUGUUACAUAUUUCAACUGUUUCAACUGUUUCAACUGCUUUAGUUCUCUUAUUAAUUUCGAAUAUAUAUUGGUGUUUCUUAACUGGCAAUUGUGUUCUUAUUUCGCAUGUGUUUUG